CAGCCUGCAGGCCCGCGGUGCUGACUACUCACUCUGCCUCUCUGCCUCUCCGAUCAUUCUGAAGCGCCCUCUCAUCGCUGCCUCACUCACACACACACACACACUCUCUCACUCUCUCUCUCUUGCUCCCCCUCUCAGUCCCACAGUCUCUCAUUCCUCUACACUGCCGCAGACAUGGCCGAAGCUUUCGUUGGCACAUGGAACCUCAAAAGCAGCGACAAAUUUGAUGAUUACUUGAAGGAGCUGGGUGUCCCCUUUGCAACCCGCUCGGUAGCCUCGAUGACCAAGCCCACCACCAUUAUCCUGGUGGACGGCGACAAGGUGACGGUGAAGACCCAGAGCACCUUCAAAAACACGGAGGUUUCCUUCAAGCUGGGCGAGGAGUUCGAUGAGACCACUGCCGAUAACAGGAACGUUAAGUCCCUUGUGACGAUUGACGGUGGUAAGCUGGUGCACGUGCAGAAGUGGGAUGGCAAAGAGACCAGCCUGGUCAGAGAGGUCAGCGGAAACAAUCUCACACUGACGCUAACGCUGGGGAACGUCGUCUGUACGCGUCUGUAUGAAAAAGCUGCUUAAGAGUCGCACGGUGUUUCCCUCUCAGCAGCAUCUCUUUGCAUCAGUUCGAGCCCCUGCCCCCCGCGUCCCAGACUCCAGAACGCCACUAAAACCCACACCGAGCAAACGUGUUUCGUAACUGCUGCUGUCACCCUUCAAACUGUAUAUUACUGCUGACUGCAUCUGUUUCUCAACAUCCUUCCUUCUACUGUAAGAAACACUGAAUAAAUUCCAAUGAUUUGUUUGUUGUGUUUUUCUCUAUAAAACUGCAGGUUUGCAUUUUUUUACAGGAAAACUUGUUUUGCAUGGUGCAGAUGAUAAAUCUGGACAAGAUUUAGAUUGCAAAAACAAUUGUCUGUUGAGAUAAAAAGAAA